AUGCUCCCUCGUCGUCGAAACGUUGGAGUGUCGGAUAAGACACCACUUUUACAAGAAGAAUUAAUACCCUACGAUAAACUCAACAAAAACGGACAUAUUUACCAGCAAACAUUUUCUGAUAAGCAGCGAGAGAACUACCCUGUACCAGAUACUUCGUUCGACUUUCUUGAGGAAUUUGUAUUUGAAGCAGUGAUGGCUGCUAGAGAUAGGACUCAAGAAUUUGCGUCAACAGUUAGAAGUCUUCAAGGUCGAACGUUUGCUCGGCCCAUAAUAAAAGAUGAAAAAAAAGCUGCAAUGCUUGCAACAUAUUCUCAAUUUAUGAGUAUGGCAAAAGUUAUAAGUAAAAACAUAACAAGCACCUACACCAAACUUGAAAAGCUUGCCUUGUUGGCAAAAAAGAAGUCUCUAUUUGACGAUCGGCCUAUGGAAAUCCAUGAACUAACAUAUAUCAUAAAAGGAGAUUUGAACUCCCUGAAUCAGCAGAUAGCAAGACUUGGGGAAAUGCCUAGAGGGCGGAGGAGUAUGCAUAGCCAUUCCUCAAGUGUAGUCUUAGCACUACAAUCAAGACUUGCGUCUAUGAGUAACCAGUUUAAACAGGUACUUGAAGUAAGGUCUGAAAAUCUUAAGCAUCAAAACAAUAGACGCACACAAUUUUCCGCAUCUGCUCCAGUGGUCAAAGAAGUUCCAUCCUUAUUGCAACCAGAUGAAGUUAGUAUAGACUUGGGGGAUAGCUCUCCACUUCAAAGCCAGCAAUUGGCAUUAAGGGAUGAUACAGAUUCCUAUGUGCAACAAAGAGCGGAAACGAUGCAUAACAUUGAGAGUACUAUUGUAGAGUUGGGUGGAAUUUUCCAACAAUUAGCUCACAUGGUCAAAGAACAGGAUGAGGCUAUAGGCAGGAUAGAUGCAAACAUACAAGAAGCUGAAAUGAAUGUUGAGGCUGGCCAUAGAGAAAUAAUGAAGUAUUUCCAAAACAUAACAGGAAAUAGAGCACUCAUGUUUAAAGUUUUUGGUGUAUUAAUUUUCUUUUUCAUAUUCUUCGUUGUAUUCUUGGCUUAA